AUUCAUGCAUCAUUGAUCUGCUUUUCGUGGUUGAAGCUAAGGGCUAUAUAUGUUUGUGUAUAUAUAUAUAUGUGAGUGAGUGAUAACAGACACACAAAACAAGGCCAACCAGUGCAGCCCACAUACAAGGGAACUUGGUUUUCUCUGGAAGCUUAUUAUUAUUUUAUAUUGUGUGUGCUGUGUGAGUUUUGUUCUUCCGCUGUUGCCUUUCCAUGGCUGCUUUUGUUGGGGCACUCAAGCUCUUUAUCUGUCUGCUGCUUUGGCUUAACACUCUCUCUUCUCUUCAAGGUGCGAGGGAUUUCUCCGAAUUUCGGUACCCGUUCAUCAAAAGGGCGAGUUCGUUUUCAUCGUCGUCUUCGUUCUCGUCCUCAAACACAGACGAAGUUUCGUACGACUACAUAAUCGUCGGAGGUGGCACGGCGGGGUGUCCCUUAGCCGCGACAUUGUCUCGGAACUUCAGCGUGUUGGUUUUGGAGAGAGGUGGAGUUCCCUUCUCAAAUGUCAACGUCUCCUUCCUCAGAAACUUCCACAUCGCCUUGGCCGACACUUCUCCGGCCUCCGCUUCCCAACCGUUCGUCUCCACCGAUGGCGUCAUUAAUGCUAGGGCUAGGGUUUUGGGUGGUGGCACUUGCAUCAAUGCUGGCUUCUACACCAGAGCUAAUUCUGAUUUCAUUAAAAGAGUAGGGUGGGAUGCAAGGUUAGUGAAUGAGUCAUAUCCAUGGGUGGAGAGACAAAUAGUACACCAGCCUAAACUUGCACGGUGGCAAGAUGCUUUAAAGGAUGGCCUUUUAGAUGUUGGCAUCUCCCCUUAUAAUGGAUUCACCUACGAUCAUGUCUACGGUACUAAAGUUGGGGGUACCAUUUUCGACCGCUUCGGUCGUCGACAUACCGCGGCUGAGCUUCUCGCUUCUGCUAACCCGAAAAUGCUCACUGUUUUGGUAUAUGCCACAGUCCAAAAAGUCUUGUUCGAUAAAACAGGGAAGAGACCGAAGGCGAUGGGAGUGAAGUUCAAGGAUGAGAAUGGGAACCAACAUCAGGCGUUUUUGACUAACGAUCGGAGGAGCGAAGUGAUUUUAUCGUGCGGUGCGAUGGGGACUCCUCAGUUGCUGAUGCUUAGUGGUGUCGGACCGAAAGCCGAACUCGAGAGGUUGAACAUUUCCAUGGUGUUGCAUAACGAGUUUGUUGGCAAAGGCAUGGCUGAUAACCCGAUGAACUCGGUUUUCGUCCCGAUGACACGUCCCGUGGAACAAUCUCUUAUACAAACUGUUGGCAUUACCAAGAUGGGAGUUUACAUUGAAGCUAGCAGCGGAUUCGGACAGUCCCAAGAUAGCAUUCGUUGCCAUCACGGUAUAUUGUCAGCGGAAAUCGGGCAGCUCUCGACGUUACCUCCAAAGCAAAGAACAAAAGAAGCCAUUGAAGCAUUCAUCAAAGGAAAAAAAGACAUUCCACAUGAGGCAUUUAAGGGAGGUUUCAUUUUAGAGAAGAUUGCAAUGCCCCUUUCCACAGGCCACCUCAACUUGGUCAACACCAACGUCGACGACAACCCUUCUGUUACCUUCAACUACUUCGGCCACCCUCGUGACCUACAGCGAUGCGUAAACGGGAUCCGGAUGGCUGCCAAGGUUAUACAAUCGGACCGGUUCACAAACUUUGCUAAAUGUGAUAAACCGACCAUGGAGAAGCUUCUUAACAUGAGUGUCAGGGCGAACGUUAACCUCGUCCCAAAGCAUACUAAUGACACAAAGUCCCUAGAACAGUUCUGCAAAGACACUGUGAUCACAAUUUGGCAUUACCAUGGAGGGUGUCAUGUCGGAAAAGUGGUGAACCAUGACCACAGAGUUCUCGAAACCAGAAGACUCCGAAUCAUCGACGGGUCCACAUUUAGUGAAUCCCCGGGGACUAACCCUCAGGGCACUGUCUUGAUGAUGGGAAGGUACAUGGGAGUCAAGAUUUUGAGACGAAGACUAGGAAAGGCUGCUCAUGUGUAAGGGAGCACCGAGCACCGGGGUUUGUUCGUAGCCGUCGUAGUAGGCACUAGGAAAUGAAUGUGAUAUUUAUAUGUAGAGAAUUAACUUUAGCUUUGCCCUUUUGAAUUGUGAUGUUUAUAUAUUUAUGAUGAACUGUUCUUGUGGACUGUGCUCUGCUAGUGGUUGGUGCCAAGAUUGAUGAGGAACUGAAAAA